AUUUAAAAACCUUGAUUAAAUAAACUUAUUAAAAAGACCAUGCAAUGAACAUUGAACAACCCUUCUAAAAGAGCAAAUGUCAUCUUCACUCCAUUUCUCACCCUUUUCCUUUAUUUCAAAAUAUUCCAUCUUUUUCUUCUACUAAUGGCAGCUGCGGUCCUCUUCAAAUAUGAACUACAACAUUUAGUCCUCCCUUCUUAGGCAUUAUUCAUGUGUUGUCACACCAUAACCAUCACAAUUAAAAGUAGAUGUUUCGAAGCAUCAAGCUAGAACGUUUAGCCAACUAUCCGAUCAUACAGGUAGGUUAUAUAAGAUCAAUAAUCUUAUUACAAAAGGAUAUUUCUUAUUCGAUCUUCAUUUUAAUAUCUCAUUGGAACCUUCAUCUUACAUCAACAAAAUAGAAAAACAUGCAUGGUUGAAUUUAGAAUAGAUUGAUACAUGACUACAUGUAAUAAAAUAUUAGUCAAUAAAUUCGAGAUUUAUCUAGAAAGUCAAUUUUCAACUCCCAUACAUAUCCGAUAAAGUCAAUCCUCCAAUUCUCCUUAUAAUAAAUCACUCGCAUCACCGCCGUCGGAUUAAUCACAAAAAAGCCGCCUAUCAAAAUCUUCCUCACUUAUUACGUCAUCACAUGCCAAAGCAAAGACUCCUUUGGACCCCACUUUCUUCCUUCCCACGACAACUCCUACCCUUCUUUAAAAACUUUAAUGUUUUUAGUAACACUUAAAAAUAAAAAUACCCAAAAAAAAAAAAAAAAAAAACUAUUUUCUCUCUUUCCAAAUGAAGACCCGCCAUUGCUGCACUACCAACAACCUCUAUACUAUUAUUUCAUUUCUGUUAAUCCUCCUAAUGAUACCGACACGUGCGGUGUAUGCGCAACAAUCGUCAAAUUCACCGGAUAACGAUUAUAAUGGGUUGGACAAUAGUAGAGUAAGCCCAUCAAUGGCUCUAAUUGUGAUUGUUUUAGUCCUUGGGUUUUUCAUCACCGGAUGUAUUUCCAUCUAUAUCCAACAAUGUUCCAAUAAUAGUACGGGCGAUACGACCACUAUCGCCCGAAACGGUAACAUAGUAAGAAUUAACCAACGGGGACUUGACCGAUCCGUGAUCGACACGUUCCCGACAUUUUUAUACUCUGAUGUAAAGGAGUUGAAGAUCGGUAAAGGGUCACUCGAGUGCGCGGUUUGUCUUAAUGAGUUCGAAAAGGAUGAAACGCUGCGUUUGCUACCGAAAUGUGAUCAUGUUUUUCAUCCUGAGUGUAUUGACGCUUGGCUUAUUGCUCAUACUACUUGCCCGGUUUGCCGAGCUGAGCUUGUUCCUGACGCACACGAGUCGUCGAGUGAGGAUAAUCCUCACUUGGCGGAAGGUGAGUCUAGAACGACGAGCUAUGAAGUGGAGAUUACGGUUCUACCUAUGCCACCGAAGGGGAGAGUGCCGAGAUCGCACUCAACGGGUCACUCACUGGUUCGAUCGAGUGAGGAUCAUGAGCGGUUUACGCUUCGGUUACCGGAUGAGGUUCGGAAGCAGUUGAUGGUGGCUAGGCCGAAGCUGAACCGGUCAGCUAGCUUGGUGGUUUUGCCUCGGGUGUCGAGUUCACGACGGGGGUAUCGAAAUGGUGGCGGAGAAGGUAGUGGAAGUAGUCGUUACGGACGAUUUUUCGGGCAUUCGUUUAGGUGGACAUCGAAAAAAUAACGGUGGUGACAGAGAUUUAGGUUCGGGGUCUAAGAGGUUUUAUGGCACGGUUGUAACACCGGUAGAGGGUUUGCCUCGGCUUCCUGUUUGAGUGUUAGCUAGACCUUAGACCCCUUUUCAUAAUUCGAUAAUUGUAUAUUAUUGUUUAUUUAUUUUACUAUAGGGUUAGUUAAUUUCCCAAGUUACAUUAGUUAAUCUAUUUCUUUCAUGGUGAGGUGUAAAUUUAAUCUGUAUAGAAUAUAAUUAUUGUUCAUUUCAUUGGGACAAAUGAAUUAUUAGAAAAUGUUGUAUAUACUACCAUGUUAGAAUAAUGUACAAUGAGUGUGAUCCAAACUACUCUAUAAUUUGAGUAAAUUAUACGGAGCGAGUAGUGGAGGAGCACAAGUUUUAAUUAGUGUGAAUUGUAUACAUCGAUAAUACAUAUAGUAUCAACCUUAUCUUAUUAUAAUUGUAAUCGUUGUUAUGAUGUCUGUUACGAAAUUUACCAUGUC